AUGGCUAAAGACAUCCUGGGAGAUGCAGGCCUGCACUUUGAUGAGCUGAAUAAACAGCAAUUGUUGGACCCCGAGGUGAAACAGCAGACCAUAGAACUCAAGGAGGAGUGCAAGGACUUUGUGGACAAAAUUGGCCAAUUUCAGAAAAUAGUAGGUGGCUUAAUUGAACUUGUUGACCAACUUGCAAAAGAAGCUGAAAAUGAGAAGAUGAAGGCAAUUGGAGCUCGAAAUUUGCUUAAAUCCAUAGCAAAGCAAAGGGUGGCCCAACAACAGCAGCUCCAGGCUCUAAUAGCAGAGAAGAAAAUACAACUAGAAAGGUAUUGAGUUGAA